GAAGCUAAGGCAAUCUUUGGGGACUCCUCAAAAUCUGCUACAUUGCCACAUCCUAUAACCAGUCGACCGGGCCUAAACCUCGGUACUAGAUAUAACUUUGAGCAAUCUGCAAAGGAGGAGCUCGACUUAAACGCAAGUCGCUAUUCACUAGAUGCAGAUCUUCAGAGAGAUGAGUUUUCAGGUCAGUUCAAACCGGAAGUAAGUAUCCCACAAGUUGGGAGUAAAGCCAUCAAUUUUGCCCCUUUAUUCACUGGAGACAAUGCUGCUACUCAUCAUGGAAUCAAUCGUCUGCCAACUAGUGUCCUUAAGCUACCGGCUCCAGAGAUAGCAAUGCAUGCUUUAAACCAGGGUGACUACUCUACGCAUCCCCAAUAUGACAGCUCUUUGACUCGACUUGAUCUGCAUUCUAUGGAAGAAGCAAAACAAGUUCGUCAGGAAAGACAACAUUCAUUAAUGGAUGCCGAGCUAUCCAGCCAGACCUUGACACCACAUGGCUUGUCUACAUCUGAUCAUCAAAAACCCGUCAAUUUCACCACUCCAGCUCCACAACUUGCAUGCGCUCUUCUUGAACCUAUUGAGCUGAGUCAGGUGAUCAACGAUCCCACUCUCACAAGUCUGUCAGAAUCCGAAUUAGAAUCACAACAAAUAGAGACUGCUAAUUUGAGCAUACCAGUUGCUCAUGCCAUAACAGAUCCAAGUCCGAUCUCGAAGGGAAAAAAGCUCAAUCUUAAAGCAUCGGCACCGGAAGUAGCUUGUCAGCUGAAAAACAAAGAUCCAGGUCACCUGGAAGGAUUGGAAUUAAGCCAGGAAAACGAGACAUUAACCGGCCUCUCAGAGCCACAACUUGCCCCAGAUCAGGUAUUAUUCCAUCCAUUAGCAGCAACAUCUCCGACAUCCAGCUUACCUGGUCAUCGAAGUAGUGAUCAUGACCAAAAGGUGCCCAACAGAACUGCUAAAAAGGACCCAAAUUUCGAUACAUCGACCGGCCAGCUGCCUGGUGUAAACUCCUUUCAUAGUGAUAGCAAACACCCAAAACAAAAAAUGUCAUCACCCGCACCGGAAUUGGCUUGCAAGCUGACAAAUGGCCAAAGUAAGCCAAGUUCUCACGAAAUCAGUCUUACAGGACCUAAUACUGAUAGAAUCCCACACAUUAGUGAAAAUCGGGUCGCUCCUUCAGAGGCAUUCACAGCUAUUUCAAAAGCUCCCUAUUCUACGAAACCAAUCAACCUAAAGUUAGCUGCUCCUAAACUGGCUUGUGAUCUGCUUUCGGCCAAUGGUAUGAUUUUUAAUGAGAAAGACAUCUAUGGACCAACUUCAUCUCUCACGGGUGGCCGAAUCGAAGCAUUACAACCUUCUCAAAAGCCUAUUCAAUUAGGAGCUCCUGUACCUAAGAGUGAUAAUGCUGGACUAGACAAAUCGGCCACAACCAAAACAACAAAAAAGAAAGCCGUUUUUGAUUCAAAAGCCCCCGCACCGCAGAUUGCAGCAAGUUUGAUAGAUUCAUCAUCUUUGGAUCAUAAAAAUAUAGACACUUUGCUGACUGAACCAUACCCCAUUGGCUUGACGAAUACUAAUCUGUAUUCAUUUUCACCGUCUUCGAGCUUCCCAAUAGACGACUUGGAUGACAACAGUGAGGAUGAAGACGACGAUAUGCCCAGCAUCACAAUGAGCAGUCACGAUAGUACAGUAAACACCGAGAACGAGCGAAGCGUUGAAAUUGGAGACGUUCUUAUUCGCCGAUUGACGGAACUUCAGGGCCCUGCAUCUCCAGGGCAUACAAAUUACAAAAAUGGAUUAGCUGAUUCAACUUGCAUAAGUCGAUCAGUUCCAAGUUUGCAGGCAGCUUUAUCCUUAUCUGAUAAAUUUCAAUCUCCACAAAAUAGAUACCUCUCGGGCACAAGCACUAUCUCAUCCCUACACAUCGAUGACCCAUUCAUCCCCCUUCCAAAAUCCCGUCACAGAAGAAAAGUAAGGCACUACCAAUCAUUACAAUUGGCUCAAAAGCGCCCCAUUUCCUGGAACAUCUCAAGGAACAUUGAAGAUAUCAUACCUAUUAAUGGUAAUUUGGUGAAAUCACAUAUUGUAGAGUUUGGCUAA